UAAAACUUUAUCUGCAAGUUUUACCUGUUUGCGCUAUGCUGGAACAAACAAACCUGUAGAUGGCAGGCACUGCAGGAAAACAUCAGAUAAAUGAGGAAGUGCACUGGAGUGAUACAACACACAAGAGAGGAGGGGUAGCUGGAAAGACGACAACUACAGAGGGCGUAGACACUUUGGUGCGUGUCUGUUAGAGGAAAGGUUCCGAUACUUACAUUUGGGAAAAAAAGGUCCACAUCAGAGGGACACCACUAAAACAGAGAGCAGGAGUGGUAAGGCCAGAGUCGCAGGACGACUUCCUGGAUAUAGUGAAGGAUCUGCAAACAUGGAAGAAUGGAAAAAGAGACUGUUAAAAAGUCAAAAAGUCAAAAAGAAAGUUAAAGGGAAAGUUAAAGUCCAUGUGAAGCAAAGGUUUUCGGACAUAUUUGAAGGCACGUCAGCCAGUAUUGCUAAGCUCAAGAAGGUCUACACAAGACUGUACAUUACUCAACAGGGUGAGCAGUAUGGUUGCAAAUCACAUGAGUUUCUCGAUCACUUUAAACUCCCAGAUCAGGCAUCACCAUUUUCACAGAUCAACUAUCAAGAGAUCGACUCCAUGAACAUCUUCAAACCAGGACGAAGUCUUUUCCAACAACAACCUGUGAAAGACAAAGCCAUCAAAAGAGUGAUGACAAGCGGGAUUGCUGGCAUUGGCAAGACAGUUGCUGUUCAAAACUUCUCCCUAGACUGGGCAGAGGGAAAAUCCAACCAGAACAUUGAUUUUGUCUUCGUGCUCCCUUUCAGAGAGCUGAACAUGCUCAAAGGGGCUGAGUACAGUCUUAUGCAACUCCUUCUUCACUUCUACCCUGAACUGAAACCGUUAGAACACACACAUACACUGGUUAACGAGAAGGUGCUGCUAAUAUUUGAUGGUUUGGAUGAAAGCAGAUUUAAUCUGGACUUUGACGGGACCGUGACAGUGAGUGAUGAAGAUCAGAAAUCGACGGUGGAUGUGUUGCUGACCAACCUCAUCAAGGGGAACCUGCUGCCUAAUGCUCUGCUCUGGAUAACUUCCCGACCUGCAGCAAUCAGUCAGAUUCCCUCUAAAUACAUUGACCAGAUGACAGAAGUGCAAGGGUUCACUGACAAACAGAAGGAAGAAUACUUCACCAAGAGAUUCAGUGCUAAUCAGAUCAAAGAAAUCCUAUCUUGUCUCAGAGGGAUGAUCAGCUUCUGUUUCAUGGGCCACAUCCCAAUCUUUUGUUGGAUCAUUGCUGAGGUGUUUCAGAAAGGAUGGGAUGAUCAGAGGAGUCGAAGGAUCACAACAAUGACAGAGUUGUACAUUUCCUAUUUGCUAACUCAAAAACUCAGAACAACACAGAAAUAUGGGGAAAAAAGCUCAGAAUCACAGAAUGGUGCCAUGCUCUUAAAUCUGUCUAAGCUGGCGUUUGAGCAACUGCAAAAAGGAAACAUCAUAUUUUAUGAAGAGGACCUCAGAGAAUGUGACAUUGAUGUCGAUAAGGCCUCAAUGUUUUGUGGAUUUUGUUCAGAGAUCCUGAGGGAAGAACGUGGGCUGUACCAGAAAAAGAUGUUCAGCUUUGUGCAUUUAAGCUUUCAGGAGUUUCUCGCUGCUCUUUACAUGUUCCACUGCUGUGUGACAAAAAACAUCAACACUUUGAAGUCCUUCCUGGAUGUUGACCCCACAGAUCUGGACUUGACUGAGUUGCAGAAGAGAGUUGUGGAUAAAGCCUUGCAGAGUGAGAAAGGUCAGUUGGACAUGUUUCUCUGCUUCUUCCUUGGGUUCACAUUGGAGUCCAACCAGACAAUGCUACAAGGGUUACUACCACAGAUAAAGAGCAGCUCAGAGACUGUUGAGGAGAUGAAGAAAUACCUUCAACAUUUUCAUGCAGGAAACAUCCAACAAGAGAGGUGCAUGAACCUUUUCCUCUGCAAGUAUGAGCUGAAAGAAGAGAGAUUUCAGGAUGACAUCAGAAGGUUUCUUUCGGGAGCAAGACUCUCACCCAUUGACUGCUCAGUAAUAUCCACCAUGCUGCAGAUAUCUGGUGAACUGAUUGAUGAGCUUGACCUGACAAAAUGCUGGACACCGCACUUUUGCACUGAGAAACUUAUUCUACCAAUGAAGAACUGCAAGCGGGCACUACUGACAAGUGAGCGUUUACAUGAUGAACCCCUUAGGACACUACUCUCCAUUCUUCAGUCACCAGACUCUUGCUUGCGGGAGCUUUGCCUGGAGUGUGUUUCUAACAUCAACAUUCCUCCUGAUGAUCUCUUUGAUGCACUGGAAAGUCCUAACUGUAAACUCAAGACACUGAGAUUGUCUGGCUUUUCUCUGGAUUUUCGGCAUUGUCACAUGGUGACCACUUUGCUUCAAUUAAAACAAUCAUCCCUGAGAGCACUGGACCUGACUGACUGUAUAUACGGUUACCCAGCAGAUUAUAGUGGCUAUUUUUCAAAAGAGGUGGAGAAGAAAAAGUAUGAAGAUGUCAACGACGAGCUAACCCUGCUGACUAUUAUUCCUGCUAUCUUGAUCAGUCCAGUUUGUAAACUGGAGGAAUUCAGCAUGCGUGGUUGUCUCCUGAAAAGUAAAUGCUGUCAAGUGUUUGCCUCGGUCCUCUGCUCAAAUUCUCAGCUGAGAGAGCUCGACCUCAGCCGCAAUGACCUGCAGGAUUUAGGAGUACAGCUGCUCUCUGUUGGACUGGGGAGUUUAAAAUGUAGGCUGCAGAUACUGAGGCUGUCAUGUUGUGGGAUCACAGAGGAAGGCUGUGCCUCUCUGGCCUCUGCUCUGAAGUCCAACCCCUCCCAUCUCAGAGAGCUGGACCUCAGCUACAAUCAUCUAGGAGAAUCAGGAGUGAGGCUGCUCUCUGAAAGAUUGGAUGACCCGAAAUGUAGACUGGCAAAACUCAGUGUGGACCAUGAUGAAGAGCACUGGGUAAACCCACAGCUUCUCAACAAGUAUGCCUGUGAGCUCACGUUUGACCCCAACACAGUGAAUGAACACCUUGUUCUGUCUGAGUCCAACAAUGAAGUGAAGUAUACUGAAGAGAAGCAGCUGUAUCCUGAUCACCCAGAGAGAUUUGAUAAAACGAAGCAGGUGCUGUGCAGAGAGGGUCUGACUGGACGCUGCUACUGGGAGGUGGAGUGGGACGGAUUUGUGUAUAUUGGUGUGGCGUAUAAGAGUUUACAGAGGAAAGGAUGGUGGAACACAGAAAUUGAAAGUAGCAACAAGGCCUGGUGUUUCACUAUCACCUGUUCUAAAGGUUAUACUUUCUGUCACGGCUUCAAGAGGACUCUUAUUCCUGUUCCCAUCAUUGAUGUCCAAGCAUUCCUGGACAGACCAACGAGACUGGGAUUGUUUCUGGACUGGCCGGCUGGUGUUCUGUCUUUCUAUUGGCUGUCUGGAGACACAAAAACUCUCCUUCAUACUGUCCAUGCCACCUUCACUGAGCCUCUCCACCCAGUGUUCACUGUUUAUUGUGGAUCUCUGACCCUGUCCAGUGUAGUGAAGCCGAAAAUGGAUCCUACUCAGUCAGACUUCAUACCUGAGGUGACGACAGAAAGAAUAGGCAUCUCAUACAAGUUCAUAUUCCCAGGUCCAGGUUUGUUCCGGUGUUCUUUGACUGGACUGGUUUUUAAUGUGACUCACGAAGGGGAGGUCAGAUACAGGACUCUGAUCUGGGAUAACAUGCUCCUCCAGCCUGCUCUUAAGGUUCCUGCAGGACCACUGUUCAGCAUUGAGUGUGCUGAGGACUCCAUCUGUCAGCUCCACCUCCCACACUGUGAACCUGAACCUGCACUGGUCUCUGAAAGCCUCAGUGUGGUCAACAUCUCCGAUGAUGGCAUGAGCAUCAUACAGCCGCUGGAGGUCACUGAAACCCACGUGGUGGUGGACAUCCCUCACCUCUCUGCCUUUGGCAUCAUCUGGGAUCUCAUUAAGAGGUUUUGCAAUUUCAUGACAAAACCAAUAAGUGGCCAAGUCCUGCUGUUCCUGAGACGACCGUUCCCCUCAGGGAAACAGAUCCUCAGUGUGAUUCUGCUACCGAGCAAUGUGCCACUGCUGGAGGUAAAAGUUCAACAUACAGACUCUCAGUUCAUCCAGGCACCUUCGAACUGUCUUAUCCACAGAGAACAACGUUACAGCCUGUUAAGUGACCCAGACAGCUAUAAAAUACAGCCUGAUCAUGCAGUGUUUUCUAACAGUUACGGCCCAAACUACCACCCAACCUAUGAGAUUAUGCUGAAGACGAGCACAGAGGAAGUGACUCUGAUGUUGAGAGAUCCAGAGAGUAUACAAGUGUGGCAGCACAACCUUUAUCUGCCUGUCUCAUCUUCAGGUGCUUCUUCAGUUCAAACUCUACCAAGGUUGGGAGACGACAUCUCAGCAGAGAAGAAGCUGCUCACCGUCAGGUCAGAGUUCAUCUACAGAGUGUCUAAUCCCGUUCUGGACAACCUGCUGGAUAAACUGCUGGCAGAGGGGGUUAUAACUGAUGCUGAGAGGGAGACAGCCAUGACCAAACCCAGACAAGACAAAGCACGAGACGUGAUUGACAUGGUGCGGAAAAAAGGGAGAGACGCCAGUGAAAAAAUGAUGACAUUGUUCUCAGAAGACGAUACAUUCCUUUGCAGAGAGCUCGGCUUGAUCUGAAGCAAAAGUAAAAAUCAGAUGUUGAGGGAAUUGUAGAAGAUGGAAUUACACACUGCAUUAAAUCUUUGUAUCAAUACUGUGUGUCACUAUACUCUUAACAUAAGUGAUACUAUAAAGAGUGAGUAGACACUGGUAUACACUUGUUGCACUGAAACAUUCCCUAUCAAGAGUCUUUGAGUUGUUUAUUAUAUCUAAAAAUCUCAGUUAUAUUCAUGUCGAUUGAAAUGUAAAUAAAAAAAGAAAACUUGCUGAAUAGAAAGUUCUAUUGAUGUGAUGUUAGUGUGCUUGGGAACAGUUGUAGCUGUUGAACAUGAUUCAUUAUUGCAGAGUAUUUUAAUCACUUUAGGGGACAUAAAUAAAUGUAUGAACAGCUCUGCAUUUUAACACAUAGAACAGUUGAGAUAUGUUGAUGGUGAGUAGCAGCCAUCUCCUCAAAAUGAUGCUGGAGUUAUGCAGGAUGUCCUGUUUAAGACUUUUUAUUAUUCCUUUUGGUCACAAUUUUUGAUACUUUUUUAUAUUUUUAUUGGAAAAUAUAUUUGUAUAUUCUGUGUGCUUUUCAAUUUUAUAUGUACUUGGUGACAUUUCUAUACUCAUUUCACUGUUUAAAUUACAGUGAGGGGCAGAGAGAGAGCAGAGCUGCUCUGGUUCAGUAUCUCCUCGUCUUUGUACCACAACAGUGUGG